UCUUCUUAAAAAACCUUUGCUUCUUUCCUCUUGUUUUGUUCUUUCUCCUUUGAGAAGAAAAAAUGGCAAGGAGAAUGGCAGUGACACAUGCAGACCUUGAACCAAGAAGAAGCAGAACAGAUUUGAGUAGCAAAACUGGUGCAUUUCUUAUGGUUCUCACAAUCUUAUUAGGCCUCUUGUGUUUCAUCUUGUGUCUCAUUGCAGAAGCCACACGUUCUCAGGUGACAUGGAUGAACGCAGAAGAGAAAGGAAAGGAUGGGAAAUCUGAAUGUGUGUAUAGUGGGAGUGGGAAAGUGCCAUUGUUAUGUGCAACUAGUGCUUUUGUUGGACUAGCAAUAGCCAUGUUAAUGGAGCACACAUACAUGUUAAUAGCAGUAACAAAAUCAUCACCUGCUUUGCUUACAUGGGAUCCUGAUUCUGCUUCUGCUAAAUCCCUUACAUGGCAAGCUGCAUUUUUCUUCCUAACAACUUGGCUUUGUUUUGCAGUAAGUGAAAUUCUGUUACUAGCAGGACUAAGUGUAGAAUCAGGGCACCUAAAUAAAUGGUCAAAGGCAAGAACGGAUUGUUAUACGGUUAGAGAAGGCAUUUUUUCUGCUGCUGGUGUUUUUGCAUUAACCACAGUGUUCCUUGAAGCUGGUUUAUAUUUAACAGCACUUAGAGCACAAAGAUUGUGUGAGGAGAUAGCAAACGUUAGAAGAGAGGUUCUUGAGGCCUCUGCAUUCUACUCUUCUCCGCCGCAGUCGCCGCACCAACGACACUUGGCCGCGGUUUCCCGAGAGAACCCCACAUCAAUUAGAGAUAGUGCUCAGACUCAGGGUCAUCAAUUGUUACUUUCUGUGUUUCCUACUCCCUUCAACAAAACCUAUAAUAUUCUCUAAAAUAUUAAGUGUAUGUUUUGGGAAACAUUUCUUUCCCAAGUCAGCGCAAAACUAUGUCGUGUAUAACAUUCAUUCAAUCAUGUAAAUAAGUAAAUAUGCUUCUGUUUUUUUUUUUUUUUCUUUGGAUUCGGAAUUAGAUAUGA